UAUCCAAUCUCAUUUGUCCAUGUUACCUUCAUUUCAUUUCUCUCUAUAUAUUCCUUCAAUUGAAACUUUCUUUCACUCGCUCUCAUUUCAUUCAUCAACAAAACAGAUUUGAAACAAUGGCUUUUCGUAACAAACCUUCUCCCUUCGACUGCAUUAUCUUCGAUUUGGAUGAUACCUUGUACCCAUCCAACACCGGAAUCGGAGCUGCCGUUAAGAAAAAUAUCGAUCUCUUUCUAAUGGAAAAAUGUGGUUUCUCACAAUCCAAAGCCUCCACCCUGAGGGUUGAACUCUUUAAAUCCCACGGUAGCACCCUCGCCGGUUUACGCGCACUAGGCUAUGAUAUCACCGCCGAAGAAUACCACGGUUUCGUGCACGGAAGGCUACCUUACGAAUUAAUCAAACCAGACAUUCAGUUACGGAACCUCUUACGUUCCAUCAACCAAAGGAAGAUUAUAUUUACGAAUUCGGACAGGAUUCAUGCACUUAGAGCGUUGGACAGGCUUGGGAUAACAGACUGUUUUGAACAGAUUAUAUGUUUUGAGACUUUAAACCCGAAUCUACCUAAUUCAACCCGCCCCGAUGAAUUUCCUGUCCUAUUGAAACCUUCACCGGAUGCCUUCAAGAUUGCGAUCCAAGCUGCCAACGUCGAUCCUCGUCAUACGUUGUUUCUGGAUGACAGUGUUCGAAACAUCAUUGCGGGUAAAGAAAUGGGUCUCCACACCGUUUUGGUUGGGGAGACAGUGAAAAACAAUGUAGGGGACUAUGUAGUGGAAUGUGUGAAUAGUGUUACACUUGCAGAAGUGAUUCCUGAAAUAUGGGGAAGUAGAGUGGAUGAUUAUGAUCAAAAGCUAUCGCGCACAAACAGCGAAUUGGAUGCUUUGCUAAGCGCAUAUACUGCUGUUGGAGCUUGAAAACUGACCUUGUUGGAUGUGUUUGUACAAACCCAACUACCCAAUAACACUCCACCAAUAAGCACAAAAAGACAAUGAACAAAUAAUGUGGGGAAUCUCAUGUGAAUAGUGUUAACAACUUAACAAGUGUCUCAAGAGAAAUAAAUAAAUAAAUAAAUUGUAUGGUAGAUAUUACUAACCUCCUCUGUGUUCGAAUUGACUUUCAAACUUGUAAAACUUCUAAAUUAAUAAAAAUUCGAGUUAUUCAUGUUUACUGUAAAAAAAUCCAUAUGAGAAAUGUCCGAUCAUGAAUCUCUCGGCUUUGAA